AGAUUACACAGCGGCACAAACUACCAAAAACUGUUAUCAUGUGUACAAAUAGAGGUGGUUUUGCCUAAGUGCUGAAAAAAGAAACGGUUUCUCUUUGUUUAUUUAUGUUUUAAAUAUGGGAUUAAAUGCGUGAUAAUUGUUUUCCCAUGCGUUUCUUUUUUUCUUUUGAAGAACUUUUGGUUAUUUCCUGGCAUCUAAGUUUCCGUGGGGCUAUAGAUAACAACACCUGUUGUCGACAACCUCUGCCGCUGCCAAAACAAAUAAAUCCAUAAAUAAAUAAAUCAUUCACGGCGACCCCUUCUAACUGUCCAACCAAAAUACAUUGCAUUAGAUUUGUCACGGAUUUGUCCGACUGGUGGCAGAGCAGAGAUGCAGCGCUUUGAUUGGCGCGAAUAUUAAAGGUAGUUGAGCUGGAUCUCCGCCGAUUGGUGCGGGCAUGGGCCGCGUACAGGCUUCUGGCUCCACCGAUUGGUCUGUGCAGCAGAAAAGGGCGGAGACCUCUCGCAGUAAUGUGGUUCGAGGCGAUGACGACAGUCGACGUGGCCCGUGCGGUGUUGUGACGCGCCUGCGCUUUGAGGCGGAGAGAGAGCCGCGGUGAAGGCAGGGGAGCCGCGGCGUGAGUGCGGAGAGAAGGGAGGGUGACGCGCUGGGUUGUUACAAUGGCACUGCAGAGGUUCCAGGCUGAAUGGGAAGAAAUUGAGCAGGAAUUCCAGCAGUUGCAGGAGUCGCACAAAGUGUACAGGCAGAAACUGGAUGAACUCACAAACCUCCAGACGAUCUGUAGCAAUUCCAUUAGCAAACACAAGAAGAAUCUGGGGGAGAUCAAGUACAGUCUCCGGAGGUGUAAGAAAGAGCAGUGUACUGCUGAAGAGAGGGAAUUGAUCCAGAGUGUCCACACUCAGAUGAAAGAAAGGCAAAAUGUGUUCUUUGAUAUGGAGGCCUAUUUGCCAAAGAAGAACGGAUUGUACUUAAAUCUAGUGCUCGGAAAUGUGAAUGUAACUCUGCUCAGUAAUCAGGCAAAAUUUGCGUACAAAGAUGAAUAUGAGAAGUUCAAACUGUACAUGACAAUAAUCUUACUGCUCGGUGCGAUCACCUGCCGGUUCUUUCUCAAUUACAGGGUGAUAGAUGAAAUCUUUAAUUUCAUGCUGGUUUGGUACUACUGCACACUGACGAUAAGGGAAAGUAUUCUCAUCAGUAAUGGGUCAAGAAUAAAAGGAUGGUGGGUUUUGCAUCAUUAUGUGUCUACCUUUCUAUCUGGGGUAAUGUUAACAUGGCCGAACGGAUUAAUAUAUAAAAUGUUUCGAAACCAGUUUCUGGCGUUUUCUAUUUAUCAAAGUUUUGUACAAUUCUUGCAGUAUUACUACCAAAGUGGCUGUCUGUACAGGCUCCGGGCUCUAGGGGAAAGAAACCACCUGGAUCUCACAGUGGAAGGGUUUCAGUCCUGGAUGUGGAGAGGUCUCACAUUUCUUCUUCCUUUCCUUUUCUUUGGGCAUUUCUGGCAGCUUUAUAAUGCGAUACAGCUGUUUGGAUUGUCCAGACAUGAAGAAUGCAAAGAAUGGCAAGUGUUCAUGCUGGCUCUCGCCUUCCUCAUCCUGUUUUUGGGGAACUUCCUCACGACGCUCAAAGUGGUCCACCAGAAGUUUCAGAAAAACCGAGGAGAAGUGCAGAAGAAGGAGGAGUGAAUCUUCAAGACUGGAGCUUGUGACACCGAACCACGCAAAGAACUGAAAAGAACGAGACCCACUGCUUUUUAUAAUACUGUAUCAAAUGAGUGAAACAACUAACUGCUAGUCUUUGACAUAAUUGAGUGAGUAACCUAUAUCAAAGUUCAUCAGGAGGACAGUUCAAGUGUAAGUUAUUAUUAUUAUAUAUAUUUUUUUUAAAUAGUCAUCAUCUCUCUUUUUCAGCCCUUGUUUGUUUUUUAAUCAGAGACAAUACGGUUUGCAUCACAACGUGACCUGUGAGCCGUUGAAACGUUUCAUCUCGUGAGUAUUUAGAGAGUGGCUUGUUGCUUCCCUAAAAAUUGGCUCCUACUUCUCACCCACUUCAGGAAGACAAGGUUCCUGAUUCAUAAACCAAAAAAAACACCAUUACAGAACAUGCUUGGCACAUUGUCAUUUGUAUAAAACUACAGAGCUAUGCAGGACACACUGCUAUUGUGUGACUUGAGAUUAGCUGCUCUGGAUACUGCACUAUGAUCACGUUACAAGCACAUUCAUCAGCAGUGCAUGUAUAUCUAUUAGCCAUAAGAGUCUACUUGUAAAACUGAAAAGUUCUGUAAUGUUUGUUUUUUUCUUCUAUGGUGUGGUAAUUGGCAGAAGCUGAUCUAAAACAAAACCUAGUAUUGGUAUACUAUCUUGGGCAAGCCAGAAACCUUGAAUAAUUUGCUCUGUUUUGAGUUCUGCAAAGUGGAGCUGAUCAAAGGGAAACGUACAGUGGUGUCGGUGGCAUUGCUGAAAGUCAUGUUAGCUGAUGCAUCUCCCAGAAAAUGGUUUGCGAUAUCACUUUAUAGAUGGCAGAUUACAUUCAAUUCAAUGUUCUUUAUUGCAUCCUUUUUAUUUUAAAUGUCUCCUGAUUGUUCCAGUAAGUAAGCAAUUUGCCACCUGCACACGAUUUCUUUCCAUUAUAAACUGUGGGGCAGCUUAACAGUCACAUAGUUCAAAAUGCUAGUAAGAGAAACUCUUUCUUUAGUGCUGGACACUGAUCAUUCUAACACUGACGUUGCACAAACUGUGCUUGCUCCAACAGUGCCUCCUCAUUUCUCUAAUAAAGAUACCGGUCCAGUUUAUUUCUAACUUAUUCAGUGUGUUGCCGACGUCCACAGCUUGAGGUCCCCAGUAAUUCCAGAUUCCUGUGUUCCAGCAGUCUGUUUAUAAUGAACAGCAGUUAAGAGGAAAUUGGCUUUGGUUAUAAGCAGCGAUGUGGUUUCUCCCCAUGUUUUAAUAAACCAGUAAUACCCAACACACUGAGAAUUAACAGUAAUAAACCUGAUCUGAAGGCACUGUGCAAUCUCUGGUCAUUUCCAAUAUUGAGCAGGGUUUGGAUCAAUUCCUGUUGUUCAAUUCCCAUUCCCUUUUAAUCAGUUCCAACACAUCAUUGAUCCAAAUUGCAAUUAGCAGCGUUCUGUUAAAAUUAGCUUCUCACACAGUGGUAACAAAUGACUUCAGUUGAAGCCACUGUUGCUCAAUUUAAACUGGCUUCAAACGAAAGCCGUUGAACACUCACAGCAAUGAUUACAUCUCAAUAUCAAUUCCAAUUCCUUUGAAGGAACGGAUUUCAAAAAGAAAUUGGAAAUUGAAUUGAAAAGCAAGGAUUAACCCCACCCCUGUGGAUUAGAAAUGGAAGAUGCAUUUCAAUAUAUUCUUCCAAUGUGGGAAAGUAGUUAGGGGAUAAUACUUCCAGUUUGCAAGUUUUACUUCCAAUGUCUUUUUUUUUUUUUUUUUUGUAUUCCAUAUAGUUUUGGAAGACAAAUGAAAAUAUGGUCAUUUAGCAGAAGCUGCUAGAAGUGUCCACACCUUGAAAACCUAUUUAGGUGCAUUUAUUAGCAAAACGUGCAUAAAUAAUAAUCCUUACAAACGUGCUGCCCUUGGUUAUGAAAAAAGUGCUUAACUGGAACUUCAGUCUCUGUAGACAUUGUGUCUGCUGUGUCUAAUAUUUCAUCCAAUCAAGGGAUUAAGACAAUAAAGUGAGUUAAACCACUACAUAGCAGCUGCUAUAGUUACAAGUCAGUGUUCGUUUUCCAAGACUGUCCAUUUUCUUUGAGCCGGUAGUACAGAUUAUUAGUAAUUGAUCAGGGUGAUGUAAUCUUUGUAUAUAUUUACACCGACAAUGUGACUAAGCCAUAAAUGAUUGCUGUCCGUCACUGGUAAACCUUUGUCAAGUACAGAAUUCGAAGAGUUUUACACAAGUGCAAUAGGAAGUGCAUUAACUGUUUAUUGUGUUCUUUAUGUAGGCUGAGAAGUUGAGCACUUAAUGAAGUUUAAUUGGCAUGGUUUGUAUGAUGCCUUAACUGUUAAUAACCGAUGUACCUAAGUUGUGACAGUGUGAUCCUUCUCAGAUCUUUGCACCUUUCCCUGGGGUUUUCAUCUUUAUUUCUGGUCAUACUUGUAUACUUUUUUUUUUAAUGUUUUUUUGCAACUUUACAAAAUAAUGAAAGUUUAGAAUCUAAGGUCAUUGUUGUAAGGUGAUACAACAGUAGGGAUCUAUAUUCAUGUGCUCAGUAUUGUACAAAUCUGUGUGAAAUAUCUGAUGGCUUUGCUUUGCUUUGCUCUACAAAUUUACCACUGAAGAUCAGUUGUAGACGCAGUCCAGUCUUUGUGUUCGUUUUCCAUGCAUAAAAAAUCUGAAAAGAAUCAUUUUCAUUUUGAGGCUUUGUAAGUAAACAACGGGCCCUUUUUGAAAAAGGAUAUUGCCCAACAAGUUCACGUGAGAUAACUUGGCCGCCACAACGCACAGCAAAGUAACUUUUUUUGGUUUUGUUGUGAAUCAGAAGCGUGUUUGCUUUGGUAGAUGUUGUGCUCUUCAAAAUGUUAAAGUGAUACAGAAGCUCUGAUCUGACAGAUGGAUGUGCAACUGUUCUGAUGCAGGAGCAGAAUGAGCCGAGGACUUCUUCUGGAAGACUGCCCAAAGCUUCUAUAUAUCAGCUCCAAUUGUCUCCAAACAAGCCACAGAAAAAUGGACUGGGCUUCAUUCCAAUUCCUUUUUAGAAUCGAUUCCAAUUCUCAUUCUCUUUUAAUCAAUUCCAGCACAUCGUUGAUCAAAAUUGUGAUUUAGCAGCGUUCUGUUAAAUUGAGUGUCUCACAGUGGCAACAAAUUGCUUCCAGUACAUUGAAGUCCCUGUUAGUCAAUUAAAUUGGCUUUAAAUGGAAGUAGUGGAACAAUCGCAGCACUUAUGUCUGUGAAAUAUCAAUUCCUUCGAAGGAAUUGGAAUUGGGAAAUGGAUUUCUCAAAUGGAAUUGGAAUUAAACAGGAGUUGACUCCUACUCUGCUUGGUGGCGAUUUUAAAUGGCGGGCUUGGGGUCUCCCUGUCACUGGCCUCCAGAAAAGUCCUCGGCAAAUUCAACAUCUUCCCUGGCUGUUAAACCACAGGACAGAAUGACUUUAUUAUAAAUAUCAACAGUACACAAUGCUCUGUUGCUUUAAACUGCUGAAUGGUUGUGUGAAUGUGUACAGUGUGAAAACAGACUGGUUUAAAUUGUUUUCAGUGAAAUCGACAGUUCUGCGGCUCUCAAGAUGGGGUGUACAUUGCUGUAAAGUAAACCUCUGAUUGUUAAAUAAAAUGUUUUCACCAAGUCUUUCAAAUCUGUUUCAAACAAAGUGUUGAAGGUCUGAACGUUCGCUUCCUACUUCAGCUGGUCUGUAUCAGUCCCUGGUUUUACUUUUGCUUUGCAACAAUGUAAUAAAUGAUGUGAAAACCGUG